CGAGUUUAUAGCCGCCAUAUUCAAGAGCUUGCCUCGCACACUCAUCUCCUGAAAGUACAUGAUGCGGAAGAUUGAGCUAAGCAUCCUGAUUUUGCUCCUUGCAAUCACAGGAGCACCAUGUCUUCCGGACCAACCAGUUCUCCAGAGGCUGCCUGUUUCUGAAGCGGCAAAGGCACGUGUUCCUGCAAAGGCAUACAACCCGUCUCUGCACACAAUGCAACCUGUUAUAAACUCCCCACUCCCCGAUGUUGUCGAGAACCCGCCGCCACCCCCGCCUCCUCCAUCAAGCCCGCCGCCGCCGCCACCAUCUCCUCCUGCGGCGAGCACAUCAUGCCCCAUUGAUGCAUCCCAGCUAGGUCCGUGCGUGGGCAUGGUGAUUGGAGGGGGUCCCUUUGGUGAGCUGGUAAUCGGGACGUGCUGCCCGCUGCUCGGGGGGCUGAACCCGCUUGAGGCACAGUUCUGCCUCUGCACCUCUCUCAUGGGUAUGACCUUCCAGAUGGAACUGGUCAGGGGAGUGCUUCAGGCUUGCGGGAGGUUCGCCCUUCCUGGACCCGUCUGCCUCAUCUGAAGCGCCUGAUCGUCGUGCUUCUUAACCAGUUGCAUGAUUUUACCUUCACCAUGCCUUCCUUCUUUGUUCUCAAUCUUGUGAUCACUCGUCUGUAUGUGAGCGUCUAUGCGUAGACGUGUGUGUGCGCUUCUUAUCUACAUAUCUACACGCACCAUGUAUUUGGUGCAGAAAAUUUAGUUGAAUAAACUGUGAUGGUGAAGGAUAAACCCUGGUUUUCUGCAUGCUAUAUAUAUAUAUAUAAGUCAAGUUAUAAGUUAUAA